AUGGUGGAUCUAACUAUACCAAUAGAUUUGUAUGUACCUGACAAAACUGAACUAGCUAUAGUUUUGCAGAAUGAGUUGAGUACAGAUUUUGAAGAAGUUAAAGUCGAAUGGGUGGAUUGUCCUGAUUUGACUCAGGAACCUUUCAAUCUCGCAGCACCAGGAUUAUGCGGCGAUACAGCACUUUUAGAUAUCGGUGGUAUCUGGAAUCUUUUUCCUUUUCCAAUAAAAGACAAAAUAAUUUACUUUCAAAGUAUCUUAGAAAAACUUGAUCGCACCCAAAGUGAUAACUUAAUCAUCGGAGGAGGUCUUCGUACGGAGCGACCAACUAAUUUAUUAGGCGAGGAUGUUUACCUUAACCAAUGGCACGUCCAUGCUAAUUCUAACGACAGUGGCGGAUAUUAUCAUGAAACUGUACCGAACAAUACUAAUACGGAGUAUUUAGGAUAUUUUUCUCCAGCAACGAAGCUUUAUCGUAUUAAUCCCGUAUCUGAAUUUGAUGAAAUGAGAAAUUUUACUUGUUUAAGAAAUUAA